AUGGAAGAUCUCUUCGUCGCGGAUAUUGCGGUCGACCCGCGGGCGACUCACGACGGACAUGCCCAUCUCAACCAUGUCGAUUUCAAAUUGCUCUCACCCAGAGAAGCCAUGCUGCCACAGAGCAAUAUUUGGGAACAGUCCUUUCACGACCUGAGAUACGGCUCCAAGCCCGAAGAUACCAUGACUUACCAGGGGGCCGCUCUUUACAAGACAGAGACUGAUUGGGUAAUGAGGCAGCACUAUCACAGUUACAUCCAUGAGCACCGCAGAAGGGAAUAUCUCCAGCAGAAGCUGGGACAGAAGCGAGACGAACUUGAAGAGAUGAGAUACGAGCCCGAUUACGCAGAGACCGACAGAAGAAGACAGCAAGCAGAGCGUGCGCGGUUUUCGAUCGGACCAGACAACAGGCGGUGUUUGCUCGACUGCAGGGACAAAAUGCUGCUUUCGAUGCUCGGCAUCUUCAAGACCAUUCCCCGGCACUUGCAGCAGAGCACUCUCCAGGUCUAUACAUGCCGGCCUCCACAGCAAAUGUUGCUCCGCUAG